AAUGUUUAUUAUGUAGCUGUACACUUGGAAAAUGCAGAAGUAAAGUUUGAAGCAGCUGGGAAGAAAAAUGAACAAGGAAGAGAAGAAAAGAAAGUUCCACGACUCUCUCCUUAAAAUGCUCUAUCCUCCUUCUCCACCUCGGGAACCUCACCAAUCACCUCAUCAUUCUACCUCUACACAUGAUUUUGAUGAUGACGUCACCAACUUAUCAUCUUCAUCAAGCGACGGCGACGGUGAUGUCGGUGGGCAACAAAAGCUAACGAGGGCUCAGCGAAAGAGAUUGCGCAAGAAGAAGCUGCGUCAAGCCGCCUCUCAACGCCGCCCUAUCAUCGGUCCCCUGUUGCCUACUACUAGCAGUGAAGCUGAUGAGGGCCUUGUUUUAGAUGAAACUCAACCUGUUCGACAAAAUGCUGCUGAGGGGUCCGUUGUUAGCGGAAUUCACAGCGCUGAAGAGCAAGGUCCGAGCAGCAAUCAGAACAAAUUGAAACAAAGAAGGAUUGCUAAGAAACUCACAAGGGACAUAAAGGAGCAGAAGGACUCUAGUCACAGGGGACUGUAAGAUUGAUGUCCAGUUUUUCUACAGAUUGGAUUCAUGUGGUUAACGUGCGAGCUUGAUUUCAUUUUGUUAGGGGAUCAUGUGUGCCACCGCCAUUGCAGCUGAAUUGAUCAACAGUUGGUGCUUUGGGAGGGAAUGGUGAAUUAUAAGGAGCAAAUGCCUGCUGAAUAGUGAAUUAUAAGGAGCAAAUGCCUGCUUCUACCAUGUCUUUAUUGCAUGCCAAUGCUAAAAUGUUGACAAAAAGAUGUCAUAAUGUUCUCUUACCCUUGUACCAUCUGAGCUGUUAAACCCUCCCACUUUGCUCAAAUUUCAGCUAUAAAUAUAUUAUUGAAAUCGCUAUGCACAUAAUUCACCAUUAUGUAAAAUCUUCUGUUUUACCAUAUCCCAUUUGAGCUUUUCUCUUCCACGUGGGGUUAGUAUCUGUAUCUGUAUUUUAUCUUCUUUCUUAGAAGUAUUCAUGUAUUUUGGGGUGGAAAUCUUUUUUUUUUUUUUUUAUAAUGUAUUUAGCUCUUGUUAGGCAUCUAUAUAAAUAAUUUAUUGAUUUGGCUAGGGCUGGUCAGCAUUUUGAUAUUCUUUUGACAGCAGUGACUUUUCUUUCAUAGACAAAUUAUUCAGCAUUAUUUACUAUUGCCUUUUGUUCAAAAAAAACUUCACUUUCGCUUAGUAGACAGAUUCUGGUGUGUAUAAUGUGUCUUCAUAGGAAAUCUAAUGCUUAAUUUAGCCUUGAUUGGUGAUGCCUCUCCUGUGCAGGCUUAAACAUUUUAUCAGUGAUUCGAAUUGGAUCUAACAAGAGAAGUGAAUAAUUCUAAGCUGAAAAGCACUGGGCCGCAGCACAAGGGGACUGAGAUGCAUAUUUUUGAUAAGCAAGCACCUAGUACACCAAAAGAGUUUGCCCUUAAAGGUGUCAAAAAUCGAUCUGGAAUUUGACAGGUGACCAUCAAGAAGGCUCACAAUUGAUGGAGCAAAGUUCCGCCGUUGUAGAUACUAUGUAUGAAGAGAUUCAAACCUCAAGAGCCUAUACUCCACACUUUCCGUCCAACCUUGGGAAACCCUGCUGGGAGACUUUAUAGGUUGCCAAUUUUGAUAGAUCCGAGUCAUCCGACGAUCAACAACGGGAAGAUGAAAUCCUCUUCUACAGCAUUCAUCAAAGAGAUGCAAUGAGUCUGAUAUAUAUAAAAAGAGAAAAAGAUCUCCUUCAGUUGCGACAUGGUACUUGCCAGAGAACCUACAAGCUCCUCAGAUUAAUCAUGACUGUCUAAAACGGCUCUCUCUUUCAUGAUCUUACAGCUGUCUGAAAUGCCGCUCUAUCAUGAUCUUGUAAUAUAUAUAUUCAUACUAUUUGUUAAAUAUAUUCUUAUAAUAAAUCUCUGUAUAUACUAGUUGAUACUAC